AUGAACUUUUGCCUACACCAUCUGAGAGAGUAUCUUGCAUACUUUGUUUGGUGUGCUCGCGAAUGGAUCUACAAGAAGGCAAAGCCUAUUGGUGGUGUAAAAGUCGAACAAUUGUUGAAACCGACCUCAUCGGUACCAACAGUUAAUGCCUUCAUUGACCAAUUAGGAGAAUAUUUUCCACUCAACCAGAUAUUUGUUGUUGACCUUAUGCACGAAUUUGAGUUGGGGGUAUGGAAAUCUCUCUUUACUCAUCUCAUAAGAAUUCUCUAUGCUGUGGCACCUGAUGGCCGUCUAGUCACUGAGCUUGACAAAUGCUUCUGGGACAUGCCCACUUUUGGGACCGAUGGCACAAUUCGACGUUUUGCGACAAAUGCAUCGGAGAUGAAGAAGUUGGCUGCUCGAGACUUUGAAGAUCUGCUCCAGUGUAGCAUUCCUGCUUUCAAGGACCUACUUGACGAGCCCUAUAAUACUCGCCUCAUGAAACUGCUCUAUCACGUGGCAGAAUGGCAUGCUUUUGCCAAGCUACGCCAGCAUACGGAAACAACACUCACACAUCUCAAAGGUGUCACAACUGAGCUGGGGAAGCUCCUGCGAGAAUUCCGAGACAUGUCUGCAUCCGAGUUCACAACCUAUGAGCUGCCAUGUGAAACCCAAGCCAGAAAGAGGCACGAGCAGAGAGCACCAAAUACACAUUCAACUGGCAGCCCAGGGCAUAAGGAGAAAGGGCUAAAUCUCUUUACCUACAAGUGGCAUGCAUUGGCUGACUAUGUCAGAUUGAUCCACCUCUUUGGGGGGACUGAUGGGUUUUCAACCCAGGGAGAAUUGGCACAUCGAGUUGUCAAGAGACUCUACAAGUUAACCAACAAGUGCCAUGCUGAAAAGCAAAUUGCCAAUGGUGACCCUGACCUGUGCUACUAUAUUUCGGACUCUCAGAGUAAUCCAAUUGACAUCUACAGAAUGCUGGCAUCACAUAGUAAUGAUGACCCAGCAUACGAGAAAUUUCUUCCAACCCUCCAAGACCACCUUCUUGCACGUCUUAAGGGCUGUGAGUUUGAUGGUGAUGACCAGACAAGAAAAUUUACCCAUGAAGAACGCAACGCGGUGCAUAUUCUAGGAGGGAAGAUAUACUUGGUCAAGACAUGCCAGCUCUUCUACACUUCGUACGACCUCCAGUGUAGCUCAGACACGAUCAACCCCACCUCUCAUCCUGACAUCUUCAUCAAGGUGCCCCCAGACCCUGAGAACCCUGAAGAUCCUGCAAGCAAUGCCUCAGACCUGUAUUGGUAUGGUCGGGUUCUUGGGAUUUAUCAUGCGAAGGUGAACAUGUCUCUCCCGGGGGUGCGGAAGGGCUCAGAGAUCCGACGGAUGUAUUUUCUGUGGGUCAGGUGGCUAGGUACUGAGCCCAACUACCGUUAUGGUUUCAGGCAAGGUUGUUUACCAAUGGUUGGCUUUGUCCUGUCAACCCAAGACAGCACAUUCAGUUUUUUGGACCCAUCUCACAUCAUCCACGGUUGCCACCUUAUGCCCACCUAUGCCUUGGGUCGAACCUGCAGUCUCUUGCCUGUCAGCAAGAGUGAUGCAUGUUGCUUAAACCAAGAUGAAGAGGAUGACUGGACGAACUUUUAUGUCAAUGUUUUCAUAGAUCGGGACAUGGUCAUGCAGCACUUCGGCGGUGGGAUCGGACACCUUGGCAAUGCCCCAUGUCGACCGGUUUGGUCAACUGCUGAGGGCAAUGGGCCUUCGGAGCGCAACUUGGAUUCAGAGGAGGAACAAGAGCCCGAGCAGUCUGUAGACACUAUCGGGGCAUCUAAUGACAAUGAACAGAGAGAACAGAUCCACAGAAACAGCAAAGAAGCUUCAAACGAUGAGCAGGAAGGUGAUGAAGAUGAAAGGGGCCAGGAGCUCGAGGGGGAGGGGGAUAGUGAGGAUGAUGAGGAUGAGGACAAUGAGGGUGGGAAUGAAGAGGAGCGCAAAGACUCCGAGCGCAACUCUGUUGAUGACUCAGACGGAUAUGCGUCCCUAUAA